AAUAAUAAGUGUUAUAUUUAUUAUUUUAAUUGUUUAUAGUUUGUAUCAUCGGUACGGCUAUUUUGGAAGACAGUUGGCAAAAAUUCCUGGUCCAAGAAAAUGGCCGCUUAUUGGAAAUGCUUUCGAAGUUAUGGGUUUACAUCCGGAGAAAGCUUUCCAAUUUUUAAGACACUCGCGUCGUAAAUACGGACGAAUUCAUCAAUUGGGUGCAAUUAAUAUAACAAUUAUUACUAUUUGUGAACCAAAAGAUGUAGAGACAGUGUUAUCCACAACACGCUACAACGAGAAACAGACUCCAUACAAUUUCUUAAAUUCUUGGCUUGGUGAUGGACUGCUCAUUAGCAAUGGUGACAAAUGGAAGCAACGUCGCAAACUUUUAACACCAGCCUUCCAUUUCAAUAUCCUAAAGGGCUUCGCCUCCACGUUCAACGAACAGACGGAAAAGCUCCUUACCAAAAUCGAAAAGCUAAUCCAAGAGGAGCAGGUCGAUGUAUUGUCUCACAUAUCCAAAGCUACACUGAAUAUAAUGUGUGAAACUUCAAUGGGUACCACACUUCAUGAAUACACCGAAGCAGUAGCAAACAAAUACGUAAAAGCCCUACACCAAUUAGGGCAGGUCUUAGAAAUGCGAUACAUUAAAGUUUGGUACCACUUCGAUUGGUUAUAUAGACUUAGUUCGUUUGCAAGAACUGAAAAGAAAUUGGUCCAAUAUCUCCACGCAUUUACUAAGAAAAUCAUACAAGAAAGAAAAGAUUAUAGACAUAGCAAUGUUGUUGUAACAGCAGAUUGUAUGGUCUAUGAUAAACAUCGUUUAGCUAUGUUGGAUCUCUUACUUGAGAAUGAAAAAGUUGGUAAAAUAGACAUGAAUGGUAUUAGAGAAGAAGUUGACACCUUUAUGUUUGAGGGUCACGACACGACAGCAAUGGCAUUAAGCUUUAUGAUAAUGCGAGUGGCGAAUGAACCUGAUGUGCAGAGGAACUUAAACGACGAAUUAUCACAAAUUUUCGGAUGCUCUUCUCGUUCGCCGACAUUGGAAGACCUAAAUGCUAUGAAGUAUCUAGAAUGUUGCAUCAAGGAGUCCCUUCGGUUGUACCCCAGCGUUCACUACAUGGCGAGAUACUCGACUGAGGAUAUUGUGCUGAGUGGCUUUACGAUACCCCCGGGCGUAGUCUUGCACAUUGCGAUUUACGAUAUACAUCAUGAUCCCGAAAUUUUUCCGAAUCCCGAAGAAUUUAUCCCUGAAAGAUUUCUACCAGAGAAUUCUGUGAAACGUCAUCCAUAUUCUUAUAUACCAUUCAGUGCUGGUCCAAGAAACUGCAUUGGUCAAAAAUUCGCCAUGCUACAAAUGAAGACAAUAAUGUCAGGAUUGUUGCGAAAAUUCCACCUGGAUCCAGUCACGAAGACGCAAGACGUGGUCCUAAUGGCCGAUAUGGUGUUGAGGUCGAAGGAUCCCUUGUAUGUCAAGUUUCGACCGAAAGAGAUGACCGAGCACUAACACAAUUUAUUGGAAACUGUAUCCGUAGUGAUAAAGCCACUGAGGGGAAUAAACUUUCGAUAGACGGAUAUGUCUUAUAGUUUUAAUUUUAAAGUAUGAUUUUAUCUUAUAUAUGUAUAUAUAAGAUAAAAUUUUGCCAAAAAUGACUGAAUUGUGAAUGUUACGACGUUCUAAUGA